AUGUCCUGCAGUAUGCAGCCACGCUGGAUUAUCCCAGCCAGUCAGGAAAUGCCACCUUUCUGUGGUGAGAGGUUUUAUGCAGACGCCUUUAUCAGUUGGUGGGAAGGCUGUGUCCGACCACUUGAGGACUUGAGUGCUCUCGAGGAAUCCAUCACUCUUCUUCAACAAGCUAUCGAUAGCACUUCCAUAGACGACGGAAGAAGAUCGGAGUGGCUCAUUAGCCUCGCAUUCGGCUUAAGCCUUCGUUGCGAUGCGACAGAGUCUGAAAUCGAUGCUAUAGAAGCUUCACGGGUAGCUUUGGAGGCUGUGGAGACACUGCAGAAGGAUGAUCCGUCAUAUGCUACAAUUUUGCAAUCUGCAUGCCAUUUCAUCAGCAAAAAGGCAAUCAGGCUCCACGACGGAGAUGAUUUGGGAAAGGUGUUCGAGAUGCACAAGUCCAUACUGGAGGUUACACCGUUCGACCAUCCAAAGUACACUUCGCGACUGCAAAGUUAUGGCGAUACCUUGUUCAAAGAGUACUUGGCCUUCGGUGAACAAAAGGCUCUUGAAGAAUCCAUCCGAGUUUCACAGCACAUCGUCACCCUCCCAGACAACAACUCCGAGGAACAUGCGAGACAUGUGUGGAUUCUUGGGCAGCGUCUUGUUCAGCGAUAUUUGAGGACCGGAACAUCUGCAGAUCUUGAUGAGAGUAUCAAAGCAUGUCAACAGGCUAUCCAAGAAACUCCAGUUAGCUCCAAGAAUCGCCAGCGAAGGUUACAAUCUUUGUGCGAUCGACUCGGGGAGAAAUAUUCUCAGACCCUGGAUGAAGCAGAUUUCCAAGCCGCCAAGGUGGUGAUGGAUCAACUUCUCAAUCAGCUACCGACGAAACCGAAGAGUCGCGCCCGAUCGCUUGGAAACAUUGGCAUUAUUCUAAGUCUCCGAUAUAGACAGAUGGGUCGCCAGGAUGACUUCCAAAGAGCAAUUGGUGUUGGUACAAAAGCCAUUAAUUUGACUGCUGACGGCGAUAUGGGGCGUGCCAUUCGUCUGAGUACUCUUGGUGGAUUAUUCCUCGAGGCAUAUGGCAAGACUGGAAACAUGGAGCGUCUCGAAGAGUCAAUUCACAUCGGAAGGCAGGCACUUGCCGCAACGCCUGAGGGGCAUCCUGAUAGAGCGCUGCGAAACUUCAAUCUUGCAGACAGACUUCGAUUACGAUAUCUCGAGUAUAGUUCGACCGACGACCUGCAAGAAGCCAUUUCAUUUUAUCAAUUGACACUUGAUCAGUCAAGUGUCCCCAUGUUUCUUCGUGUGCAAGCAGGACGCUCUCUAAUGCAGAGUUGUGUUUCGAAUCACGAGUGGGAAAGGGCAUAUGAAGUUGGUUCCUAG